AUGACUGUGCCGCCAGUGUGCACUUUGAGCAAGCCUGAGCCCGAGCUUAAGCCUGACAGGUUCAGACUCAAGUUUGCCGCUGGCGCCCAGGAAUCGACUGCAGCGCCAGCCCAAGCAAGGGUGUGGGGUAGAAGCCGCAAGGCUAGUGAUCCAAGCAGCCAAGAUCCCGGCAGCAGGAUACGAUCCAUUGAGUCCAAGGGUCACAGCGGUGCAGCCGAUGUCCACAAGCUACGGCGGCCAUUGCAGCGCUUAUGGGAUAUCCACGAAAAGUAUCGUAUCCUGUGUGACCAGAUCUACAUCACAAUUGACUACUGGGAACCGAGUUCCUGGAUCACGGCUGGAGCAAUCUGCGAUAGGCAAUUCUCCUCACUUCCUUGCAAAUUCUGGGACCACGAGUUCGAAAGUGUUUCAGCAGUUGUCACUCCCUCCGAUAAGGAGGCCUCUAUCCGAGCGUAUGGCGACAUGAAGACGAAGCUGCGUGAUCAGCUUACAACCUACAAAGCCAUGAAGCUGUGUGAUUUUCGGAGCUUUUACAUUGCCUUGGAAGAAUCAUGCGAGGAGAAGUGUCAAGCCAUGGACAAAUUACUGAACCGGACCCUCAACAUAUUCUACCAUGAGAGAUCAAUCCCAGCAAGGUUUCAGUUCCACAUUGACAUGGGAACUACAGCUGUCAAGUUGUGGAAAGCUAAAGAGGAGCAGUACAGCAUCUGGCAUCUCUUCGAUCUCGCAGAAUCAUGGAUCGAUGCCAAGAAUGAGUGA